AUGAGCCAGCUAAUGUCGUUAGUGGAAGAUACCAUGAAGGCAAGCAAGCAGAAGGAGCCAGCUGGCACCAUGGAGGGUGCCGCUGAUCGCGGCGAUGCUAGGGAGAGCGCCGCCGCGGAGCCCACGAACGCCGAAGGAGGGGAACCGUGGACCGGGAGUGCGCAGGGCNACUCCUCCAGCGACUCUGCAGCGGAAGACAGAAAGAGGUCAAGAGAAGAGCUCGUGGCCCUGAAGACGCAAGUUAGCUCGCUGACGGAUCAGAUGAGCCAGCUAAUGUCGUUAGUGGAAGAUACCAUGAAGGCAAGCAAGCAGAAGGAGCCAGCUGGCACCAUGGAGGGUGCCGCUGAUCGCGGCGAUGCUAGGGAGAGCGCCGCCGCGGAGCCCACGAACGCCGAAGGAGGGGAACCGUGGACCGGGAGUGCGCAGGGCGGUGAUCGAUAA